GUCAAAAGAUAGGUAUAAAAAAGUGAAGGAAAAUUUCGAAAAAAUGUAUAAAUAGAAUUUCGUGAGUUUUGUAAAAAAGAGCAAUCGCAUAUUUCACACAAAGUUUUCCGAGUUUUCUUGAUUAUUCGGGAAACCAUUUAAUUUUAAGCGAGUACGUCAAAAACUAUCGAGAAAGUUCGUCAGUGGGAAAAUCAGUUCGUUCAUUGGCCGUUGGAUCUUAUAAAAGAAACUCGCUUCUAGCAGCUGCAUGUUUAAAAGAAAUUUUAAGUGCCGAUGUGACACAACAUUGAAUCUAAAAAACAUAAAUAUUUUAUAUAGAAUAAAUUACUUUUGAACGCAGAUAAAAGCAAAAGAAUUGCGAUAUGACGAAUAAAUCAAAAACAAAUAUUGAAAACGAAGAAGAGGCCGUCACCUACAAAAAUGAUGGCAAUGCAGCAUUUAAAGCUGAGAAUUGGGAGGAGGCUGUUAAAUGGUAUUCUAAAGCUAUAUCAGUUGGUGAAAAACAUAAGGAGUUGCCUGUAUUUUAUAAAAAUCGUGCAGCUGCAUAUUUAAAACUUGAAAAAUAUGAAGCUGCUUUAGAGGACUGCACUGAAUCCUUACGUAUUGCGCCAAAGGAUCCGAAGGCACUAUUCCGCCGAGCCCAAGCCUAUGAGGCUUUGAAAAAAUUCGAAGAGGCGUAUAAAGAUGCCACAGAUUUGUUCAAAGAAGACCCUACCAACAAAUCGGUGCAACCCAUGCUUCAGCGCUUGCAUCAGAUAGUGCAGGAACGCGUUGCACAGAAUGCAAAGACUUCAACAAAGGUAAACCAAAUGAUGGAGCUUGCAUUCGAUAUGGGAAAUCCUGUGGAUAAACGACGAUCUGGUGCCAACAACCUAUUAGUUUUAGCCAAGGAAGAAGUUGGCGCAGAUAUGAUUUUUAAGGCUGGAGGCAUUUUAAAGAUUGCAUCAGUUACUAAAAUAGAAAAGGAUCCAGAAAUUUAUUGCAAUAUGAUACGCCUUGUUGGUGCUCUGUGUGAAGGGUCCGUCGACCGCACAAAAGUUGUUUUACGGGAAUUGGGCGUACCAUGGUUUUUACAUGUGCUCGAUCAUAAACACGAAGAACGUGUCACAACAGCUCAAUAUUGUUUGCAAACCAUUAUUAACUCAUUGUCUGGCAUGGAGAACAAGCCGGAAAGUAAACCCAAGAAAGAGCUUUGUCAGCAAAAUCAAAAAGAAAUUGAUACCUUACUCACUUGUCUCGUUUAUACAAUUACCGAUCGGACAAUUUCGGGCUCAGCUCGUGAUGCUAUUAUGGAGUUGCUUACACGUAACGUUCAUUAUACAGCUUUAGAGUGGGCAGAAAGGUUGGUUGAAAUACGCGGUUUGCAACGUCUAUUAGAAGUGUGCUCCGAGUUGGAGGAGUACAAGUAUGAGAGUGCAAUGGAUAUAACAUCAUCAUCGCGUACUAUUGCUUCGGUGUGUUUGGCACGUAUCUAUGAGAACAUGUAUUAUGAUGAGGCAAGAAAGCGUUUUGGUGAACAAAUAGAUGAGUAUAUUAAAGAUAAGCUUUUGGAUCCCGAUAUGGAGUCUAAAGUUCGCGUAACAGUAGCAAUUACAUCUCUAUUGUCUGGGCCACUCGAUGUAGGUAAUCAGAUUAUUGCGCGGGAUGGAAUUUUACAAAUGAUUUUGGCUAUGGCCACGACAGAUGAUGAAUUGCAACAACGCGUUGCCUGUGAAUGUAUCGUUGCCGCCGCUUCUAAGAAAGAUAAAGCUAAGGCAUUAUGUGCUCAAGGCGUCGAUAUAUUGAAAAACCUUUACAAAUGCAAGAACGACAAUAUACGUGUACGCGCAUUGGUUGGCUUAUGCAAGUUAGGUAGUUAUGGCGGUCAGGACGCGGCGAUACGACCUUUUGCUGAUGGUGCCACCAGCAAACUUGCUGAAGCUUGUCGUCGUUUUUUGAUUAAACCUGGUAAGGACCGUGAUAUUCGUCGCUGGGCAGCUGAUGGUCUGGCUUAUCUUACACUUGAUGCCGAAGUAAAAGAAAAGCUAAUUGAGGACAAAGCGGCCAUUCAUGCUCUCAUAGAUUUGGCACGCUCCGGCGACCAAUCGUGUCUCUAUGGAGUGGUUACGACAUUUGUAAAUCUAGUCAAUGCCUAUGAAAAACAGGAAAUUGUACCGGAAAUGAUCGAACUAGCCAAAUUUGCCAAGCAUCACAUACCAGAGGAACACGAAUUAGACGACUCUGAUUUCAUAAAUAAACGGAUUACCAUACUUGCUAAUGAAGGCAUUACUGGAGCCUUGUGUGCACUCGCAAAAACUGAGAGCCAUAACUCGCAGGAGCUUAUAGCGCGUGUACUUAACGCUGUAUGCAGUUUGCAAGAGUUGCGUGGCAAAGUCGUGCAAGAUGGUGGCGUUAAAGCAUUGCUGCGUUUGGCAUUAGAGGGAACGGAGAAAGGAAAACGACAUGCCUCACAGGCAUUAGCGCGUAUCGGCAUAACAAUCAAUCCUGAGGUAGCCUUCGUUGGUCAACGUAGUUUAGACGUUAUACGGCCGCUCUUGAAUUUGUUAGCUCAAGAUUGCACAGCAUUAGAAAACUUCGAGGCACUUAUGGCGCUAACAAACCUAGCGGCAAUGAACGAAAGCGUGCGACAGCGUAUCGUAAAAGAACAGGGUAUGUCCAAAGUCGAAAUUUACUUAAUGGAGGACCACCUAUAUUUAACACGUGCAGCUGCGCAAUGCAUUUGUAAUCUCGUUAUGUCGGAUGAAGUUGUAAAGAUGUUCGAAAAGCCUAACGAUCGUGUAAAGUUUUUGGCGUUACUUUGUGAAGAGGAAGACGAAGAUACCGCCAAAGCUUCCGCUGGAGCCUUGGCUAUGUUAACGUCUGUUUCGAAAAUUUGUUGUGCAAAAAUAUUGGAAGUCAGUACGUGGUUACAAGUAUUGCAUACACUAAUCGCUAAUCCAAGUCCUGAAGUGCAACAUCGCGGCGUGGUGGUCAUAUUGAAUAUGAUCAAUGCUGGCGAGGACAUUGCGCAGAAAUUAUUUGAAACAGAUAUUAUGGAAUUGCUUAGCGGCCUGUCACAGCUCCCAGAUGAUACGCGCAGCAAAGCGCGCGAAAUAGCCCAACAGUGCCUUACCGCGGCUGAGCGGUAUAAUAUUAUUGAAAAGUCGGAGAAUGCUGAAGUGCCUAAUGUUUUUGAAGAGGCGGCGCGGAUUGAGGAAAUAGAGGGAUAAAAAUCGUAGUUGAAUGGCGCAAAAAAUUGAUAUAUAAAUAGUGCCAAAUCGACUGAAUGUCUAUAUGCAUAAUUAUUUAGUUAUGUAUCAUUUUCACUUUUACAACUCCAUUGCCUUACUAUAACCGUUCUACAGUUUUGUUUUAUUGUACUUACUUUUUUAAUAAUAUUUAUUUAUUUGUGUUUGUGUUAUAAAUUAG